GUAUCCUCUCACUCCGGUGACCGUGAAAGAGAGAGAAAAAGGAAUCUGCAGAGACGAUGUUGCGGUUGAAGAGACUGAGCCGCACGGCGCCGGCGAUAGUCAGAUCUUUCGGUCCUCUUCAGCAUGGCUCACACAAAACUACGAAUCGCUUCCUCGAUUUCUAUAAGCUUGGAAGCAAAGAUGCAAUUGAGAAAGAACGAGCUCGGCUUGCAGAUGAGAUGAACAGAGGUUAUUUUGCUGAUAUAAAUGAGCUUAAGAAACAUGGUGGUAAGAUUGCGAUAGCCAAUAAAAAUUUAACUCCAGUCACGACGUCUGUUAUGUUUCCGGCAAUAGAUGUGGAUUGUCCAGAUGGUGCAACACUUAAGCUGCCUAUUGUUGGGAACAAUGCACAUGAAUCAAAUCCACCAAAAGCGACUUUAAUAUGUCUCUCAUUCAGAGCGAGCGCUCAGGCAAUGAUUGAUACUUGGAGCAUCCCAUUUUUUGAAUCUUUCAGAAACUCUUCAAAAGUUCAGCUAUAUGAGAUGUCCUUCAUUGACUCCUGGUUGCUAUCUCUCUAUCCAAUCAGACGUCUUCUUCUCAAGAUAAUGAGGAAAUCCAAUUUCAAUGGAGAGCAGGAUGAAUUGCAGAAAAGGAUAGUUUACAAAUUUGGUGAUCAUUAUUACUUUAGGAAAGAGCUCAAGAUUUUGAAUCUUCUGACUGGGUAUAUUUUCUUGGUGGAUAGUUUUGGGAGAAUAAGAUGGCAAGGUUUCGGUUUGGCAACAGAAGAUGAAUUGUCGUCACUCCUAUCGUGCACCUCACUUCUGCUGGAAGAUAAAUAAAGGCAAAGUAAGUACCUUGAAAGUAUAACUAGCUGUAAAUCAAGCUGAGCCCACUACAUGGAAUAUGAUGGUUUUAUCUGUAAUUCCAAUUUCACAUUCAUUUUUAGGGUAUGAAUGAACCAUACUUCAUUUCAGAACUUGCUUUUGUACCCCCAAAUAAGCAUCAUAUGGGUUUUUGAUUGAUCCCUUGUUCUUUUGAAUCCUGGCCUGAAUUAGCCAUUGUUGAGCUGAUCUAGUUUUGUUUACCAGUUCAAACUUCAAACUAAUAUAAAGAAAGAAACUUAGAAUGUUUCACUUC